AUGUCGAAAAUAUUAAAGGAAGGAUGGAUUAUUAAGCAAGGUGGACGAAUUAAAACCUGGAAGAAAAGAUGGCUUGUAUUAUUUCCAGGAUCGGCUAUCUAUUACACAGAGAAAGGUAAAAAAUUAAAAGGUUCAUUUACAAUCGCUUCUAAUUCCAUUAUUGCCUUAAAUACGACAGUUAAGUAUCAGCCCGCUUUUCAAAUAUCAUGGCCGAAUCAAAAAAGAGCCUAUGUAAUUCAUGUUGAAACGCAAGAUGAGUUAAAUUCAUGGAUGGAUAAAUUUAAAGAAGUUGCAAACAUUAAAAGAGCGCCUACUGAUGUCUAUAUUCCGACUUCCGAAGAAGUUGUGAUCAGAAAAUCAAGAGACGUCGUUAAUACCGAUAAUUCCUCGUCUAAACACGCUGUACCUGCUAGAAGGCCUCCAACAAGAAGACCUCCAACGCGAGUGGCUCAAUCUAAUAAUGCAUCGUCGUUUAAGCGCGAUAUUCCUAAAACAUCGAAUAUACCGCCUCCCAAUGGGGCUGCACAAAGCGGCAAGGAUGAAGAUAAUGAACCUCCGUUGGUUGAAUUAAAGCUAAAUAAUGUAAACGCUUUUGAGGCCGUUUUAGCAGCCAGAUUAGCAGAACGUAACAAAUCGGGCAAGACUGCUGCAGCAGGUAAACUACAACCUUCUCAAUCUCAAGAUCAAUACAAAAUUCCGCUUGUUAAGCCAGCACCGCCCUCUCGCCUCCACACUACAUCACCACCUCCUCCGCCGUCUCCUACGCCUUCUAGCCCACUCGCAACUCCAAAAGAAUUUGAAUCGAAAGUUGCGGCUACCGGCGCAAAAUCGACAGCGAAAGGAGCAUUUGCAGGCAGGGUAAAUGCUGCCAACAAUGAAGAAUCAAAUAUUGAAAGGACAGGAAAUCAGAAUUUGAAAAAUACAAUCGGAGGAAAUGCGAAAAACGCAUCACAAGAAUCAUUUGGAAAGGCAGAUAACAAAUCUAAUGCGAUUUCGCCUCAAAAUCAAGCAAAUAUUUCGAAACCAUCAAAUACAAAAGAACAAGCCGCAAACCCAAUAUUACGCAAUCCAAAUCAACAGAAAUCAUCUUUACAACAAGAAAAUUCUGCAAAAGGAAAGUCAAAUAUUUUGCAAGAUAAUAUCAAAAGUCCAAACAAUCAACAAACAUCAGACGCGAAUGCAAACCAAAAGAAAGGUGUAUCUAUUGUUGUUCCACUGCCUGUUAGUGCUACCGAAGAUCAAAUGAAGAUUAAAACAGUACAGAAAGUUCUUAAUUACAGAGAAGAGUUGUCUGAUGAAGAUUCAGACAAGAUACAAUACAAUGGAGAUAAAUUCAAGCUUCCUCCAUCAAGCAAUGAAUUAUAUCAAUCUCCUGAUCACGAAGCUGAGGAGAAAAUCUACAACGACAUCUCCGCAAAGAAUCCUGAACAAUUUGCUAGCUUCCACCCACCAGAUAACACGAAAUCAGACAAAAAACCGCUCGGAAAUAAUAUUGCACUUCCAAACCCCGUUUACGUGCCAACAAAGUUCGAAGUCAGCGAUGAGGAUGAAAGUAAUACUCAUGAAGAUAACGAUUCUUCGAAAUCCUGCAGUCAGAUGAAGAUGAUGAUUCUGCCUCCGGCAGAGAAACCAUCCCAGGGACUUCUCAAGAACUCAAAUCAGAUGCCAUUAAUUCCACUACUGGUAAACAAGCCUCCUCCGCCACCAGGAGGACCGGUACCAUCUCCUACAACGGCCAAGCCAAAGAGAGAUGACGAUUUCGAAACAGCUUCCACUCCAUUUGGUACAACAUUACGUAGACGCAGCGAUGUAUCAUCGGAAUCGGUAGUUCCAAAGACAGAUGUUCACCAGAUACCAGGACUUCCUCCGGAAUCCGUAAAACAGAACGAAUUAGAUGCAUUCAGAGCGCCUUUGAGGCUUAUCGAUGAUGAGCAGCCGCAGAAGCAGCCUUACAAGCCACAGCCAUUUGUACCUGGACAAAGAUUCCCUCCGUUGGAGCCAAAUGCUCAACCACCUGCAUUUCCACAAGCAGCUCCAAGUCAGCCGCCGCCAGCAUUCCCUGCUGCAGCGCCAAACCAGCCGCCGCCAAUGUUCGCACCGGCAAAUCCAAACCAGCCUCCCCCUUCGUUUGCUCCCCCUGCAUUUCCAGCAGCAAAUCCGAAUGCUCAACCCCCUGCAUUUGCUCCCCCUGCAUUUCCACAAGCAACUCCAAACAGUCCUCCUCCACCAUCUGCUGGUGCAGCUCCUGCUCCACCGCCACCAGCUGUUAAUUUAUCAGCUCCUGCACCACCUCCUUUGCCAAAGAAGGCAAAGAAAGAGUCAUCGAGCUCAUCAUCAGAUUAUUCAGAUUCUUACUCAUCAGAUGACGAAGAAGUCUCUGAUGAAAGGCCAAGACACCGCAUAGCUCAGCAAUACGAAGAAACUGAAGAACCGAAGAAUUUAGUAAAUCUUCCACCACCUGUCGAAGAAGAAGUGGAACAAUAUCAAUAUCAACCUGAAGAAAGGGAUGAUACUCACGUUUACGACGACUACAGCACUCCUACUCCAGCUCCUGCACCAGAUACAUCAAGACCUCCACCUCCAAUGGACGGAACGCCAAUAAUCAGCGCCGCAGACUUAAAGAACUCGAGUCUCAAGAAGGUGGAAAGGCCAGAUAAGAAGAAAGAAGAAGAAAAGCCAGGAUUUGUCAAACCGCAGCUCAGAAAGGUCCAAAGAGAGGAACCUCCGCCAAAAGAAGAAGAAAAACCAGCUUUCUUGCUUCCAAAGUUGAGAAAAGUUGUAAAAGAAGAAGCACCUCCGAAACCAAAGGAAGAAAAACCAGUUUUCGUGAAGCCGCAACUUAGGAAAGUUCCUAAAGAGGCAACAAAUGCUAAAUCUGGUAAAAACGAAACAGAACAGAAACAAGAAGAACCUCAACCAUCUGAGCCGAAGAAUGAUCAGAAUGAAGUUGUUGAGCAGCAAACCCCUGAAAAAGAACAAAUUUCAGAUCAAAUUCCAAAUACAGAAGAAGAAAAGCCAAGCGAACAGCCAACAGAAGAUAUACAACCUAAAGAAGAGGAACCGAAGCAAGAAGAACCUCAAACAGAAGAAAUUGAAAAAAUACCAAACGAAAAUUUGCCAAAAGAAGAAGAAACAAAGGUAGAUGAUGAAGAACAGCAACAACAAGAACCAGAGGAACCCGAAACUAAGCCAGAAGAAGCAGUUCCAGAAGAAUCCCAAGAAAAUGAAGAAAAACCACAAGAAACAGAAGAAAUUCCAGCAGAAACAGAACAGAAUACAGAAGAACCAACCCAGAAUGAACCAGAAAAUACAGUUCCAGAGCAAAAUACAGAUAAUUCCAAACAAAAUGACGAUUUCGAGUAUGUCCAAACCCCAUUUGGCCUUCAGAAGCGUCGCAAGAACCAGCCACAGCCCAAGAAAGAAGAAGAACCCACCCAACAGAAGAAAGAACCCCAACCACAAGAUAAUGAUGAAUUUGAAUACGUACAGACACCAUUUGGCCUUAAAAAACGUCGUAAAAACCAGCCACAGCAGCCAAAGAAAGAAGAGCCAAAACCUGUUGAACAGAAACAGACAAAUGAACAGAAGAAGGAAGAAACUCCUCAGGAUAAUGAUGAGUUCGAAUACGUGCAAACUCCUUUCGGAUUACAGAAGAGAAGAAAGAACAAACAAACAAAGGAACAGCCGAAGGAGGAUAAGCCUUCUGAUGGAGGAAAUGUGUUCGGUGUUAAAUUGCGGAAGUCUGUUGAUCCAUUGUAUAAACCAUAA